AUGUUAACACUACCGUUUGACGAGUCUGUUGUAAUGCCAGAAUCCCAGAUGUGCAGAAAGUUUUCUAGAGAAUGCGAGGACCAGAAGCAAAUUAAGAGACCAGAAAGCUUUUCCAAGCAGAUUGUCCUUCGAGGAAAGAGCAUCAAAAGGGCCCCUGGAGAAGAAACUGAGAAAGAGGAAGAGGAGGAAGACAGGGAAGAGGAAGAUGAAAACGGGCUGCCCAGAAGGAGGGGUCUUAGAAAAAAAAAGACAACCAAGCUUCGGCUGGAAAGGGUCAAGUUCAGGAGGCAGGAAGCCAAUGCGCGGGAGAGGAACAGGAUGCACGGCCUCAAUGACGCUCUGGACAAUUUAAGAAAAGUGGUCCCCUGUUAUUCCAAAACCCAAAAACUGUCCAAAAUAGAAACUUUACGACUGGCCAAAAACUACAUCUGGGCACUUUCUGAAAUCCUGAGAAUCGGCAAGAGACCAGAUCUGCUCACGUUCGUCCAGAACUUAUGCAAAGGGCUCUCCCAGCCAACUACAAACUUGGUGGCAGGCUGCUUGCAGCUCAAUGCCAGGAGUUUCCUGAUGGGUCAGGGCGGGGAGGCUGCUCACCACACAAGGUCACCCUACUCGACCUUCUACCCACCCUACCACAGCCCUGAGCUCACCACUCCCCCAGGCCAUGGGACUCUUGAUAAUUCCAAGUCUAUGAAACCCUACAGUUACUGUAGCGCUUAUGAAUCCUUCUAUGAAAGUACUUCCCCUGAGUGUGCCAGCCCUCAGUUUGAAGGUCCCUUAAGUCCUCCCCCAAUUAACUAUAAUGGGAUAUUUUCCCUGAAGCAAGAAGAAACCUUGGACUAUGGCAAAAAUUACAAUUACGGCAUGCAUUACUGUGCAGUGCCACCCAGGGGUCCCCUUGGGCAGGGUGCCAUGUUUAGGUUGCCCACUGACAGCCACUUCCCCUACGACUUACAUCUGCGCAGCCAAUCUCUCACCAUGCAAGAGGAAUUAAAUGCAGUUUUUCAUAAUUAA